CGUGUAAGUUAUCUGACAAGACGAUCUACCGAAGGGAAAUCUCUUCAUAAGAAGCUGCAAAUUGGUUAUGUGUUUUGAAGAGUUAUCCGUGUAGACUGGUAGAGAGAAAAUGAAACAAUGUAGUAUUACGACCAACCCAUUUAUCUUCCACAUUAUUUUAAUGAUCAUGCUUAAAACACUAAAAGGGUAGUAUUGAUGACCAAAUAAAGAUUGACUCAUGUUUAGGAAUAUUUUGAAGAGUGGGGGAUUUUGAAGAGUGGGGGAUACUAUUGUUUAGAUCAUGCAUUGCGUCAUAGUGCAUAUGCAUACACCUGGGGAAGAAAACCAUUUUCUCGGUAAAAACAGAUUAAUCUUGGCCGAAAGCCUUACAGAGAACAUUCAGUUUUACCACAAUGGGAAAGCCUAAACGAAAUAAAUACUUCAUUGAUAAGUAUAAUUGGGACAUGUGAGAAGUGAGUUACACACACAUAAAACAAACAAACAAUAAAGGAAUGGGCUUUACUUCAAAAAAUGUAUUAUACAGAUUACACGUGCUCGGUUAAUAUUGAGUGUGUGGGGAGUUGUACCACUUAAAACAUGGAAAAGCUGUUAUUUCAAUCAAUACUAUCCAAUUGUAAACCAGAUCAAUAUGCCGAGUUCGAGUAUACUCAUUCAACAGGAACCUCACAUAUGCCCACAGUGGUUGAAGGUAUUGCACAUUUAAAGUUUCUUAAAGCACUUGGAGAACACAAAAAAUAUGUUCUUGAUGGUAUUCCUCAAGAUGAACUUAUCAAAACUUGGCAAGUAUAUGUAACAAAUGCCGUUAGGCGAUUUAUUAUAUUUGUCAGUGCUUACCGUGCUCGGAGACUAGACGACGAAUUGACUGAACAGGAAUACGCCACUAAGGUUAUUGAACUUGAAUUUCGCCAUAGAUACAACUAUCUCGAGGAUUUGAUCCCACCGUUGGAUAUCUUGAUGGUUUGGCAUUCAUUCUUAUUGAACCCCAAGCUGUUUUAUGAUACAUGUGCCAGAAACCGUAUCCUAGACUUUGCAUAUUUCCCAUUCCCCUUGCUUCGUAUAUCUGAAGCAAUUGACAACGAAACCUUUAGUUUCAAUCCUUCUAAUGAUCAACUUGAUAAUUUCAGAUUAUUGAUCAAACUGUAUGAGGUUGAAUUGGAAGUUGAACCUUCAAUUGAUUCAAUUAUGCAAGCACAAGUCGAUAUUCAUUGUGCAGUGUGUCGUGCAACAUUAUCUACUAUUCCCUACACCAAUGGUUCAUUGUCUGGAUUUGCAGAUGAAGGGUUCUCUUGUGAAAGUGUAGAAUGUGAAUGCGAAUUCUUGGGUAAACUUAAUCAUGAUCAAUUAAGAAGAAGAGAAGUUUAUGCUGAUUUGAUUAAUGAUGCCCAAUUACCAAACAUUUCUACUCUUUUUUCCAACGUCAUUACAAGAACAAUGUAUGAAGAUGGAACAACAGUAAAAACUGAUGAAAGGGUAAAACUGAUAAUAGGGGAGCAAUGCUCUCAUCUUAAAGAAGACCUUGUUCUGAUAAUUUCACAAUAUCACCAAUUACGAAACUUUGAAGCCAAAAGCAUAUAUAAAGCAUACAUUUUACUGAAUCUUAUACAUCGAACAGUUCCUAAAAGAGAUGUGGUAUUGAUAGUGGAAGAUCUCGUUGGAUGUGUUUUCCGUCAAGAGAGAUUUGUUGAGAAAAUGAAUGAAAUCGAUUGGUUACAUUCCUCUCUUGUAUUUGAAAGUAUGCUGGAAUCUUGUAACAGAUAUCAGAAAUUUUUCAGAUUACUCGUGAGAUUAAAGAAAUAUCAAAUGCUUGUACCUACAUUAGAUAUUGACUUAUUUUGGCAUACUCACCAACUUUCUGUUUACUACUACUUUAAAGGUUGCAAACAAAGUGUAGCAAUGUGUGUGAUAGACCAUGAUGAUAAAAUAGAUGAAACUAGACUUUCCAAAAGUUUUUACAGGUCACAAAGACUUUAUAAGGAAAUUUACAAAGAAGAAUAUUCAAUGUGCUUCUGUUGGUACUGUGUGAAAGUUAGAUCUAUGUCAAAAUCUUCAUUCAAGAGGCUAUUUCGAAAGUUGAAGCCAGAAUCUAAGGAGAAAGAACGAUUUCAGAAGCUACCACUAUGCACAGAAAACGAAGGUCAAUCGAGUCUUACACAUAUUUCGGCACAUAACAGUAUAUUUUGGCCCGGAGUAGUAGCCAAAGAGAAUAAGGAAGACCUUAACAAAAAAUUUCAAGUGGGUCCUUCUAAAAACUUUCCAUGGCGAGAUUCCCAAAUGGUAUUUUUUGCUGCAAGUGGAGUCUUCGUGUUUCCACCUUAUGCACCAUAUUCUGAACAAUGUAGUGACAUAUGGGGUGCAGGCUCUUGUUGUACUGUGUCCGAUGGUGGUGCCCAUGCUGUUUGUGCUUCGGGUGGAUGCGGUGGAGGAGGGGGCCCAAAUGGGAGUACCUAUGAGGGUUCAUUAAUUGGGGGAGGAGGAGGAAAUGGAGGUGAUUGUAUAGGAGGAGGAGGAUGUGGUAGUAGUAGUGGUGGGGGAGGAGGAUGUGGUAGUAGUAGCGGGGGAGGAGGCGGAUGUGGUAGUAGUAGCGGGGGAGGAGGCGGAUGUGGAGGAGGAGAUUAACCAAUAUCCUACACUCUCUUAUAGAAAUUUUAGUGGUAUAUACCUAGAGUGUCGAAAUUUGUCUUACUAUUACACAUUUACUCUUACUUUUCACAAUUUUAAUGGGCAUAAACCUAUAUCUGCCUUGGUAUUGUAAGUGUGAAGCAUUUGGCAUUAAGAAUUAUUUGCAAAUGGAAGUUUAAUAUACUUUGGUUCAAUGGAGAAGAAUCUUUGAUUUCCGUGGACUGUUUCUAUAUAUAGAAUGAAAUUCAUGUAAUCAGAUUAGCUAUAAAAUAAUAAUAAUAAUAAAGUUAUUACUGUCUACUUUCACG